GAUCCUGACAUCACAUGAAUCAACAGGAAGUUUCGAGCUAUAAAAGCGAAGUAUUUUUUUUCAAAAAGUAUCCGAAUUCGACAUGUUUCACCCUCUCUUCAUUAUUUUCUUCGCCGCAAUUACAAUUGCAACGUCGGCCGCUCCAGUUAACUUUCCAACUGUAGAAGAAUCAAAAACCGAACUGAAAGAUGCCGGAAUGACUCAGGCCAGUAUCGAUCAGCUUUCAGCGUUCACUCAAAGAUUUGCGACCGGAUACCCAGUCGUUCAAUCAAACAAAGAAGCUUCCGACAAGUUUAUCGCUGAUUACUCGGCUGAUGUUCAAAACUUUGUCAAGUCAAUGAACGAGAAGGAUCAGACUCUUUAUCAUAAUUACCUCGUUAAAUAUGGGCUUGCUUAAACUUGUUAUUUUUCUAACUUUUUUUUUCAAUAAAUCAAUAAUUGAAUA